UCUUCGUGCAUGUCCGAACUUCGUCAAGUGGUGGCCAUCGUCGAUGUCCUUGGCUUGUUUAUUUAGCCCCGCUUUCAGGGUCUCGUUCUCUCUAUCUCGAGAACUGCGUCUUUCCUGUCGUUCCAACUCCCAAUUAAUUUUGUCCGUCGCAGUCUGCGCGUUUCCCGGAGCCAAUUCUACCUAUACACUUUCCGAAGACAGCCUAAGAGAUGGAUUUGACCUUCGAGGGCGGUAACAUCUUCAACCGGGACCACUACCCGCGCGACAUCAUGCUGCAGGCCAUGCCCGUCAUGAAGAAGAUGGGCAACAACCUCGACAUCAAGUACGCCACCGUCGACUCCGCCGGCGCUAAGCGCGAUCUUGCCGCCGUCGGCUACGGCCUGCGCGAGACCUCCCACACCGAGACCAUGGGUACCGUCGACUCGGGCGCUGUCGACGACAGGAUUCGCUACCUUCUACGCGACCUCUUCGAAGAGGACAUCCGCGUCGAGCGCGGGAGCGAUCGCAUCCUAGUGCUCAUGUCCUGCGCCAUCGACGGGCUGGUUGCGGAGACGAAGGACAACUUCUUCGGCUCGACGACGCGCAGCGAGGGCAAGUACUUCUCGUACCAGAUGGCGUUCUACUCGAUGCGCCGCGCGUCGUACUGCUUCUUGGUACUCUCCCUUAUUGCAUUCAAGGACCAGACCAGCGUUUUUGGGAUCCCGACGGGCAUGCGGAGCGGCAUCAGCUACAGCGCGCAGGUGUUCGAGUGCAAGCGCGUGCGCCCGACGGUGCUAUACAACUUCGGGCGCCUGCACUCGGGAGAGAGCAUGGAGUCGCCGGAUGGCAGGCACACUGCCACCCUUGGCAACGACGGCAAUUUCGUCGUCGACGGGCGUUGGGAGACGCACAGCGGCGGCAAGGGUGUAGGCCCCUGGUAUCUCGUGCUGCAGGAUGACGCCAACCUGGUCAUCUACGACAGUCGAGGAGAGCCAACGUGGGCUUCUGGCUCGCAGCCCGGAAGAUUCACGAUGCGACCGUGGCGGCUGGACAUGCAGAACGAUGGCAAUCUGGUAAUUUACGACAAGAAUGACAGAGUCCUCUGGGCUGUCCGUGUUUGAUUUGAGUGGUUACGUCUGUAAUCAUAGCGAGUUAACGUGGAACAAGUGGAGCUGGAAACCAGGCCCUGUCGAUUCUGACUUUAUUGGAUAAUUAUUGGUGCGAUCACCAUGCCUCACGC